CUCGUCUCGCAAAGGAAGCGAUCCCUGCAAGGUGUAAAGAGCUAUCUCUUUACGGUGGCGGUGGCGCAUGUCGAUAUGUCACCAGUCUUGGCGACGUCCAUCCAGUUGUUGACUUUUUGAAACGUCUCUUUGAUCUCAAUCGCAGUUAGAUUUCUCCGGUUCAACUAUCGAAUUAUUUUUCUGGGCAAGAUGCACCUAACGGAUGAUCAAUUUUCCUCUGUCGGGCAGACGCAGAAUAAAACACCUGCACAUACCUUGAUACGAGUGCGGAACAAUCAGCGACGUCACCGUGAGCGACGGCGACAGUAUAUCACCUUCCUGGAAGAAAAAGUUGACCAGAGCGAACAUCAUCUCGCCCAGGCAAGAGCGAAGAUUGCUGAACUAGAAAUGAAUUGCAGAUACUGGAAGGACCAGGCUGCUAAGCAGCAUGUUGAUGAAGAUGUGACCUCGGAGUCCUCAGCACCAAUAGAGGAACAACAACAGCUAGAGGAAAUAGGUGACCACACAGUAAAGACCACGUUCUCAGACACCAGUCGCUCACCCGAAAUGGCUACCACAUCUAAGUCUCGACCCUUCUUGGCAACAACGAACUCUAAGGUCUUAGACAGGCCCUUCACCGCAAUACUUUCACCAACGGAACCAUCACCACCGUUCAUAAUGCCAGCCUCUGUGCAUCUCUCUCCUAUACCCAAGCCCACUCUCAUUCCGCAACAUAAAACAGAGAUGGACAAGGAAUGUCUAUCAGCUCUCAAAGGCUACGCACUCGUCGGCCAGUCCGAUGAUGCCUCUCACGGCCUCUUAGGUCCGGAGUCAGACUGCAAGACAUAUCCUUCCCUCCAAGGCGAAUCGACGGUGGCUUGUAGUUAUGCAUCUAUUUUAAUUGCACAACAGAAUUUUUACAGAAUGGAUGAAAACACUAUUCGAGGUUGGCUUGAGAAAGGCUUCCGCCGCGGGCAACAUCAGGACGAAGGUUGUCGGGUUGAGACAUCAUUAUUGUUCGCUGUGUUGGAUAUCAUCAGCACGUCUUAGUCGUACCAACUAAUUGUCUUUUGACCAGGGAGACAAGUUUAGAAACCCUUACCCUUUCGUUCCAUACUCUUAUUGGCAGCUGGACAUUUACAUAUCUAAGCAAAGUAGAGGCUAAUUUCGAACACCAGCGUGAUAGGUUGAGUCAUGAAACUGCAGGCGCUCCGUUGGAGAUUAG